AAAUCAAUCGCAACUACGAUCGGAUCUUAGUAUCAGAGAAAAAAUGAAGCUAACAAUUUUGAUCCUCUUUCUGGGCUUCAUAGCCUUUGUGAAUGGAAUCGAAAACGUUAAUGGGAAAUUACCAGAAGAACCAUCAAAGAAUUCUAAAGAAGAAAUACCCACAGCAAUAGUGCCAAGAAGAGACGACAAGAAAUCUUCAAAGCAACUUCCAAAAGAAAGCUCCACAACUCCAAAAACAAAUCAAGGAAAGGAUGUUGGAAAUGAUUCUAAAGACGAGCCUGUUCCGGCAGCUAUUGGACAAAGACUUAGUGCCACUCUGUUGAUGACUUUAGUAAGAAAAGAGCCCCCACAAACGGUAUAGAUUACAAAAUAAGACACCAUAUAGUGUUAACCAAAAUAUAUAAAAUAAAGUAAAUAGAAUUGCAGUUUACUUUGUUUUCUAAUUGUCACAACCCGUUUUAUGGCUGAAUUAAUUAAUAAAUAUCAUCGAGUUCUAUAUAAAAACUCACUGCUAAAGAUUCUGGCUUCAGUGCUUUAGAGAACAUGAAACUGAUCAUUGUUUUGUUGCUUCUUGGCUGGGUUUCCAAUGCUCACUCGGUGGUCUUUGGCUUGAGGUUCCUCAAUCCCUGGAGCAGUUCUGAGGAAAGCCAAGAACCAUUGCCUGCACCGCCUCCAACACAUCCUAGAAGAUGUAGACCGAUAGAGCGGGUGAGCUCGCCCAGGAACGACAAAGCUAUUCGGUUCCCAGAAAAUGAGGAACAAAGUACCACCGUUGGACCAGAUGUGACAUCUACGAGGUUUCUCGUUCCUUUACCCACAUUAGCUCCCUCGACUACCACUACGACCACCCCAGAACCAGAUAUUGGACAGAAAACUGAAGAUACUCCUUUCGCAGUAGAUUGCGAACCCCGACCAAUUGGAAUUGUGGCGCGGAUCACCUCUGCAGUUUUAAAAAUAUUUUAAACAUUUUGAAAUAAAAAAUACAUUUUCCAAUUGAAA